AUGGCAAGCAAAUCUACCAAGCUGAAGACUGCCACAUCCAGGGCUGCGACUCCAGUCUUAUCUGCAAAUUUGUCGAAUUCGUCGUUUGAUUAUUUGCCAGCGACCGGAUUAAAGGGUAAAUCUCCAGCUAGUUCAUCCAGGAACUUGAAUGUUCAACCUGAUUUGGAUCUUAUCGGCGGGUUUGCCUUCUUAUCUUUCGCGUCUCUUGCACAGCUCGAGGCUCACAUCGAGCACAACGAAGCGAAGUUUGCCGCUGUUAGCGUUGAUGUUGGACAAAAAAGGAAGGCUGGAUAUCCUAGAAAACAAGAGGGAAGUAGCUCCGAGGUCGAUGGUCCUCCAAGUAAGAAGAAACCGAAAGCUUCGAAGAAAAAAUCGACGAAGAAAAAUCCUGAUGCAUCGACAAGCAACUUGGCGGCAAAUCCCAGGGAAGCUUCGCUCCCAUCCAAGAAAGAAACUUCAUUGGUAGAUAGCGUCAUCGAACCCGGUGAGCUUUCUUCCUUUUUUGGACAAACUGGUGUUUGUGGAAGCGUUAAUAGAACGCUGGAACAUUCUCCAAACUCCGAAUUAGAAAUUUCUCUACUUUGUUCAGAAACUGUCCCAGAUUUAGGAGAUGAUGAGGAAAUUCCAGGACAGCAAGACCUUGGAUCAAAAGUUUUGGCUAACAGUGAAAAGCAGGCUGCAGGGCAUGGAAGUGCAGAUAAUUCUUCUAUUCAAGUUAAUGAUAACAUUGGUGAAGUGGCUAGUGAUAUGGCUGAUCAAAAGCCAAAGAAGAAAAAGAAAAAGAAAAAGUCUGAACAUUGUGAUCAAACAAGCCAGACUAAGUUUAGAAUAAAGAAAAGAAACAAGCUUUCCUCCCAGAAUCAAGGUUCUGUUGUGGGAUCAUCUAGUGUAACAGUGGAUCAGUUGAAGGAUGGCACCCCUCUUGAUGUAAAUAUCCAAGAAAUGGGCAACAACAAAGGACAAACAAAACUAUUAUCAGCCAAAUCUGUCAUUGAAAAGACAAGUUGUGCUCGUACAACUGCCUACCAAGGGGCUAACAAGAACUGCACAGUCAAAAGUAGAACCUUUGAAAUAGGUUCAGCAAGUAGCACCUCUGGAGAAGUAAUUGUGGAAAGAAGCUUUGACAGAGUUUCAGCUGAUGGCUGUACCCCUAACAACAGUGAUAGAGAAAUUGAUGUUGACAUUUGCGACCUAGAAACCAGGAGUAACAGCAUGCUUUCUGAUAUAAGUGAUCAUUCCUCUGAUAUUGAAACAUUUGAUCCUAAUCGUUGCUUCUUGUUGAAUAACAAGACUGUUAAAAUUGAAAAGGAGGAUUUCGAGGAGGAAGGUGGAAUUGUUGAUGUUGACAUUGAAACGGUCAGCAAAGAAGUAAAGAAGAACUUUCUGGUUGUGAGUGGUAUUGAGUUGGGACACUUCAGUUACCAUCCUGCUGAAACAAAGGAAGGAACAAUUGACACCUCAAUACAAGCAUACUCAAAUGAGAUUGAUAUUUUCUUACAAUGUGCCAAGAUGCAAGAGGGACAAAUUAUAAAGAUUAUACACCCAGAUGAUUCUCUAGAAUUGCCUUCUCCUGGCACGUUGAAAAAUCAGGGUCGGGAUCCUGACGUUGUCAAGGCAACAAGAAGUGCCACUGAAAGAAGACGUCGUCAUCACCUGGGAGAUUUAUUUCAAGACAUGAAGAUGGAGGUGUUCACAGAUCUCAUGGACUCUGAUAAUAAUUUUAUGUACUUUAGUAAACAAGCAAUACUUAGCAAAGCAAUUAAUACACUAGAAGAACUAGUACAGGGAAAAACUGACUUAAGCAAAACAAAGGAGCAAUUGCUUCAACAGAACAAGGAAUUGAAAGAGAAGAGAAACAUGCUGAUGUUUGGGAAAUCAUCAGUUGAUGUUGAUGAUGUAAAAGUUGAAGCCAUUCUCAAUCAGCUUAAUAUCAAAGUAGAACCAAGUGCACAAAAUGUUGAAGUUUCAGAGGUUAAGACAAGUCAGGAACAAGAACAAGCAAAUGUCAAGCCGGGUGCUGACAGCAAAAACACUACUACAGUUGAGCCAUCUGCAAGAGGGCGCCCAAAGAAGAAUUUUUUGCCUCCCUGGUUGCUUAAACCUGCCUUAAAACCCAAUGAUGACACAGGUAAAGCUACCACUAAUGCGGCAAAUAGAGCAAAUCCUCAGACAAGGCUGGAAACCCCUAAAGUAACUAUGACUAGCACUGUAUUGUCACAGGAACCCAGUUCAGUGAAAACCUCCAAUGUAUCAUGCGGUGUGCAGACACAUGGAGAAGAAACUGCUUUACCAAAAGCUGAUAAUCCAACUUUGUCAGAAAUUAUGUUGUUAAGUGGCAGUAAAGUGAAAGGCAAGGCCACUCACGAAUCAACAUGUCAAGUAGCCUCUGAACCAAGUCAAGCAGAAAAUUCACCAAAAGUGAUUCAUACUAUCACUUCAUUGACACAAACUGCACCAGCAACAAAAAUUUCCGCUGCUUGUAAUCAAAGUCAAGACAAAGAAAAAAGUGUAGAAGCACACAACAGUGCACUGAAAAACACAGGCAUUGACCAGCCAUCAUCGCAAGAUGGAGCUGCUAAACCAGGUUUAGUAAAGAUUUUACCCAAGCCAGCCAUUUUCCAGUUAAAUCCUAAUCAACAGAAGGCAAUCAUGGAGUCCCUUGGACAGAUCAAACAACCAUCAAGUGAUAAGAUUAUCUGCAAUCUCUCACGAUUAAGCACCCAAACAAACACUAGUACACCUUCCAGGAUUUGUAUUAUCAGAAGUAGUCAGUUGAUGAAGAGUCUGGACAGUAAGGAUGUCAUGCACCUCAAGAUUACAAAUGACCCUGUAAGAAAUUUGAACACUGGUAGUAGUAACGUUAAUGCAACAUCUACAGUACCGAACAUGCCAAAUGUAAACUCCCCACCAAAUGUGCUUGUAAUGAGUGCUGCCCAAAGACCUGCAUUGGUGACAUCAAAACCUCAUCUGACUGUAUCAUCAACUCAACCAGUGUUGUCAGAAAUCAAGACAGUACCAGGUGUUCUGUUAUUGAAAAGCAUUCCAAACCCUGAAGCACCAGUGUCCACAGUCCAUAUGGCACAAAAAUAUCCUGAAAAACCUGCGCUAGCAUGUGGAACAUCAAGCCAGACUGUUUCUUCAGGGCAAAACAUUCUUUUGUUGAAAAGUACUCAAAAAUCAGUAGCACCAUCUCCAAUGGCUCAGAUGCAACAAAUGGUGCAUGGAAGAACUUUGUUGACACCUACAACAAUAAGCCAGUCAGUUAUGCUAGGUCCUAAGACAGCAGCAAAUACCCUUUCAGUGAGUAGUACACAACUGCCUGGAGUGAUGACUUCAACUGUACAAAUUCCACAAACGCAGUGUGCUAAAACUGUUUUAACAACUGUAGUACCAAGCCAACCAUUUCUGUCAGAGAAAAACACAGUGCCAAAUGUAAAAGUACCAACUUCAGCUAAAUACGUCGCACAAAAACAACCAGAGAAAACCACUUCUGUGUAUGGAACAUCAAACCAAUCAGUAUCCUCAAGCAUGCAAACAGAGCUAUUGCCGCUUUUACUGACUGGUAAUAAAAAACCUGAAACGUCAACUUUCACAGCUACAGCAGUUCAGCAGGAUCACAAGAACACAGUGCUAGGACCUGCAGUAGCAAACCAGCCGGUUUCAUCUUCUUUUAUAAGAAUAAUGCCUUCACAUAUUUCAAUGGGAAACACAAACAAAAACCUUGAAGUGGGAACCUCAGUUGCUCAAAUGCCACAGAGUCAUUCCAAAAGAACCAUGCUGGUGUCGCAGGUUCCAUUGAAAUCUCCUGUUACCACAUCUUCACCUAAAAUGGUAGUUGGCGGGCAGCAGAUAAAUUUGUUGUCUACAGGUAAUACUGAAACACCAUCAAGUACCGGUUCAGCAAGUGCAGAUGAUGUGACUCUUAGAGCACUUGCAUCACUGAACCAAUUUCAGGUUAACAAACCAGCACCUCCUCUAACAGACGCAGUAUCCAAUCCAUUAUUCCCAAACAAAAACCCUGGAGCUGGAUACUUGACGGGUUUGAAAAAUGUUGUGAUGAAUGUUGAUGCUGGGGGAGCUAAAAUUCAUCCCACAUCAUCUGUCUAUACCAUUCCUAUAGUGACUGUGACAUCAUCAUUUAAGACAGCUACAACAAGCAAAGUUGCAGUAUCUUCUUCAAAUCACAAGUCAUUAGAGGAGCAUUCUGUCAUGCCGACCGUCUGCUCAACACCUCUUGUAUUCAUUCCUACUUCAAUUUCGCUAAACAGCUGUUUCACUUCUUCAAGCUGCAUGUCAUCCGGAAAGGGUACUGUAUCAACUCUUCACUCAACAGGACCUGGAUCAGCAGUCAUUUCAGUACCAACCUCAACUUCACUAAAGAGCAGUUUCACUAUGUCAGCUCUCAACACCCCCAUACCAACUGCAAGCAUCAACGCUGAUCGUCAUCUUAGUGCAAUGCCACUGGUUACCAACAGUUUAGAUCCAUUUAAUCUUGUACCCAAACAACUGCCACUGUCUAAACCAGCUAUCCCUUCUGAGCCAACGACCAUAACAAGCAGUUUAAACAUUGGAGCUGAAGUUCCAAUUCAAGUCAAUGAAUGUGACACCUCUCUUAGCCCUCUGCUUAUUGCAGAUGAGAUAUUCAAACCCGAAACAUCAAACUCAUCAACAGUUUUGACCCAAGAGAUGCUGAAUAUUCCUGGCAUAAAGCAAAAUGCAGAUCUGUCCAGUGUGCUUUUAGAUCCAUCAGAACUACCCAUACCAGAUAUUCUGCCAAACCUAGGUGAAAUGGACGAAACUAUUGAUUCCAUGAAGGUAACAGCGCCAUCACGUAUUGUUAACAAACCAAAUACCAGUGGAUCUAACACAAGCAGUUCUGGAAGACAAGCUGAUGCAUCUUUGUACUCAUUGCGCAGUUCUUCUACUAAUGCUAACAAGCAGACCAGCCCACUAAAGGUGGCAAUAAAAGACUUCAGGAAAGGUAGGACCUACUUUUAG